CCUUUGAAAGUGGAACUAAUGGCUACUUUACUGAUGUUCUCUUACAUUUUCCUUCACAAUUUGGAACAUAUAGGCAAGUCCCAGACUGCUGGUCCUGAGAUGUCUGAUUAUAUCUGAAAAUUCUUCUGUGUAUUGAACCUUUUUUAAAAGCUUCAAUCAACAAUUAAAAUGCCUUUGGUAAUAUUUACUGGCUUGCCUUCAAGUGGGAAAACCACAAUAGCUCAAAAAUUGAUUAGCCUUUUAAAUGAGAAGAUUUCUAGUCUUCCCCCUGGUGCGCCAGGUGCCAACUACAAAGUGAUUUAUCAUUCGGAUAAGACCCUUGGAAUAACUCAAGAAGACUAUAGAGAAUCGCUUACAGAGAAAGCUUCUAGAAACUUGCAAAUGUCUAUGGUUAAGAGAGAUAUCAGCUCAACAAAUAUUGUGAUUUUAGAUUCUCCUGCAUAUAUCAAGGGUUUUCGUUACCAAUUAUUUUGCGAAGCCAAACAGACCCAGACAACUCAUUGCGUGAUUUAUAUCAUGGCUCCUAUCAAAGUGUGUCUAGAAUACAAUUCAAAAAGAGAUGAUGCUGAAAAAUGGGACAAAGAAUUAAUAAACCAAUUAGCAAUGAGAUAUGAGGAACCUGAUGGCCACAAUAGAUGGGAUUCACCAUUGAUUCCAAUAGCAUUCGAUGAUAAAGAUUUACCGAUUGACGAGAUAUGGUCUUCAUUGGUAUUAAAGAGGAAGCUAAAAGCGAAUUCGGCUACUAUUAUAAAAACACCCACAUCUACUAAUUAUUUGCAAGUUCUUGAUAAAAAAACUCAAGAAGUCAUUUCAAAAAUCAUCCAAUUUCAAAAAUUGCAGUCGAUUGGUGGAGAUGUUUUAAUUGAGAAAAGCAGUUCUGGUUAUGCAAAGGACGACUUAUAUGUUGAAUUACCUGGUAGAACAGUGUCAGUCGCUCAAUUGCAGAGAAUCAGAAGAACUUUUGUUUCAUUGAAUAGAGUCAGGUCUAUUGAUUUUGACCGAAUAGUCCCUUUGUUUGUUGAAUACAUUAAUAAAAAUUUGUCAGAAGACUAGAAUUAUAGUUUAUCUAUAUAUGUUUUAUAGAAAACCUCCUAA